UGUUACUGUGAAAGAAAUAGUUUCUUUUUGGCCUUUGCUGUGAUUUUUUGCUUAUGUGAAAUUGUUGGGUUUGGGUGAAGUAGCUUGCAUUCUUUCCUUUUGUGUGUGAUUGUGUUCUUAGCUUUUCUUGGAAACUUUGUAUGAGCCUAGUUUAGCUAAUAAGGAAGCUCUUAGACCCUCUUGACUUUGGAUGACCAAAAUGGCUUUGGAAUCUAGAAAACAAGAGAUGAGAUUGCCAAUAAGGUUCAUCUAAUUACAUGAAAUUGUUAGCUUGGCCUAUUUUAGUCUUUUAGAGCACUUUUCUUGGUAAAAAGAUGUCUUUGGAGCAGCUCUGAGUUUUAUAUGCUUAAGGCAUUGAAAAGCGACUCUUAUAAGGAACCUCUUGGAUGCAUUUUGUUUUUGUGUGGUAAUGGUACCAGUUUACACACCUCGAUUAAUUCCCCUGGGAUGCAAUUGGCUGCAGCAGUAAAUUAUAUAAGAAGUUCCUUCUGUUCCCUUCUCUGUUUGUCUUAGGAGUCUGAUGUGCUGUUGGUUUUGUGAAAAAGUGGACGUAAGUGUUUGAAUGUCGGAAUGUAGGGAGUUCUUAACUGGUGAGCUAUCAAAUGGCUACUAGAUGGUUAGACCUUUCAGACCUAUUUGCAUAUGUUCGACCUUAGAUGUCAAAAAUAUCAAUCAAUCUGUUAAUUUGUUGAUCAUCCUACCGUAUAUGAUGGUCUAAACAUGUCUCUGUUAUCAGAUGAACAAAAUGAAUAUAAUGAAUGAAGGGGCUUAUGCUGUUUGAACUAUCUGAUAGUUGAAAUUUUUAUUAAAAAAAAGUUUCUACUUGUGUGGUGAUUCAAAGGCAUGAUAUAUGUAAAUUUGCGAGUAUUGCAAAGUUGAUUCUAUGAGCGCGGGUGUUUGAUUUUUUCUGCCUGGCGAUUCAGGUGGGCUGGCUCAUUGGUAUUCCAAUUUUAAGUGGCUACACAAUCAAUUUUAGGCUGGUCUUGUUUCUAAUUCUUACCUAAUUCCAGUGUUGCAUGCUGAGAAAUACUAGUUGAGAGAAAGGUUGUGAUUUUCCUUGGAAGAAAGAGCUGAUAAAAUCUGUCUUUAAGGGAAAAAUGUUGGGAAGCUGUAACAUCUCGCAAUACUAACUUGAUAGAAUCCCUGUGAAGUUGAGUACCUAUUCUGCAAUGGACUUGAAAUCUAUAUCAUGGGUUGGAAACAUAUACCAAAAAUUUGAAACGAUGUGUUUGGAGAUGGAAGAGGCUAUGUACCAGGACACUGUUAAAUAUGUUGAGAAUCAGAUGAACACUGUUGGUACAAAUGUCAAGAGAUUCUGUUCUGAGGUGAUGCAAGAUGUUCAUCCUCAAUGUAAUAUUGAUCCUGUGAAAGUCGCAGCUGCUGACUUGUCUCUUAACCCUUAUGCUCACUAUGAAAUUGACAAGAAGUUGAAAGCAAAUCUUAAAGGAAGUGCCAGAGGUUUUAGUAACAAAUUAAAUGAUGACACUCAAGUGAUCAAGGGUAAAAGCAAAAGUGGAGGAGUCUAUAAACGUCAAAAUGUCGGAAUCAAAGAAAUUGUUAGAGAUAGCCACCUAACUAAGAAGCCUAAUGCUAUAUGUCUUGCGUCAGGGGAUGCGCUAAAAUUAUCUUCAAGUGCUGAGGUUAGGGGUGGUUUUGAAUUGGCAUCUGAUCAUGUGACGCUGACUUCAGCCCUGGCCUCAGUUAAAGGAUCUGAUUCUGGAGAAGUAGCAAGUAAAGUUUCCAAUCACGUCAUACAAACUAAUGUGUCUACAGCUGAUACUUCAAUUACUUCUGAGGCUUCUGUCAUGAUGUCAGUUGAAUCUGUUGGGAAGAAGCAAACAGAUACUUGUACAAAAGAGUUAGCUUGUAAUACAAGAUUCAAAACUAGCAGUGAUGUUCGGAACAAUUUAGCUAACGAGGAGAUCGAUGAGUCCCAUGAAGAAAAAUCAGAUAAUUUGUUGUCCAAGUAUGACAGCAUUGAGUCAGAUUUGGAAAUUGUUGAGAAAUUUGAUGAAUUCCAGUUGAAUGAAACAUGUGUGCUGGUUGAAGAGGACAGGAUUCAUGUUCCACAGGGUCCUGUCAAACAGAAGUCCUAUAAGAAGAAGCUUCGGGAUGCUUUCUCCACGAAAAAGAGGUUGACAAGGAAAGAGUAUGAACAACUUGGAGCACUAUAUGGAGAUCAACAAAUCAAAGUAGAGUCCGAGGACAAGGUGAUGCCUGUUCUUGCCAUGAAUUCAAACACAAAAAUGUUGUCUGCUAAUGAUCAUCCUGAAUCUGAGUGGGAGAUUUUAUAGUUCUGAUUAUACUGUAAUUAGCAUUGUUGUUUGUCCAAUCAAUCCAUGGCGUCCUAGAGAGUGAUAUAUUAUUAUGCAUUAUUUGCUGAUAAACGUGCAUUGCAUAUCAGCAAUCCGUUCCUCUAGUUGAGCUAGCCAGUAAAUUAUACGUAGUGGUACCUUGAAGAAACCGAUCCAUAUGUCCAUCUUGUAGCCAAUCUUGGCAAUCUCAUAAAUUAACGUAUAUAUGGGAACUUUUUACAGUGUCAAAGCCUGUCUUGAAUGAACUUAUUCUACGUCAUUGAUUGGUUUUUGGUAUGUCAA